AUGAGAAGAUGGACCGCCCGGGGGCUGCGUCCAGCUGCAUCGCGAGUAUGGCAAUGGCCGUCCAGCAGGCUGCCUGCACGUCGCGGCGCACUUUCACCUUUUCACACUGCCGCACCACGUCCUGCACCACUCGGCACCAUCCGCAUCCGACGACAUGGAGAUAGUGUCUUUGAGAAAAUAUCUCGGCCUGAGCGAACGAUUGAUGCCUGGGCCGCAUUGAUCGAUGGUGCAUUGCCUCCGCACCUGAGAGAUCCACAGGUCACGCCGCCUGCAUCGACAUUGAGUGCCGGUGAGGUCGCCGAAAUUCUCUGGGCCGCGCAGUACCCCAGGAAUCGUGACGACGAGGCUUUUGAUAUCCUCUACCAUUUGGGCAUCCAUCAGAACAGGUGGAAUGCUGUCGUGUGGCUGAUCAAAAAGCUCGUCGACAAAUUCCCCGCACGACAUGGCCGCAGUCCGAAAUAUGCGCAUAUGAGCAGUGCGUGGCAGUCCGCAGACAGGUCUUUGGCAGACUUGACCGACAGAAUGACCAACGGGCCGGUCAACGUGGAACUACCUGGUGUAUCGCCUGGACCUGGAUCAUCACGCCGCCCUACACUGGAUGAGCUCACCGUUACGAAAGAGAACACAAUGCCUCUAGAAGUCAUCGCCCACAAUGCCCUUGGGCAAGUCUGGAGGACUCUGGGCGCCAUGACCCAGGCCUGUACUGGGAGCGAGAUCCGAUCCGAGGUCUUGGAGAUCAUAGCCUAUCUGCACCACCAAGAAGUCAUGCCAAUGUCAAUCUACCAGGCCAACGCCAAUCCAGACAAAAGCACUAUUCAGCAGCCGCCCUUGCUACCGCUGCUGUCUUCCAGGAUCUUGACAUCCUUGUCAGACGCCGCGUGGAGAGCGCACCAAAAACUGGUCAUAGAGGAAGCCAAGGCCACGGGAAGCGAGUUCUCCUCUCUUCGACCCGAGCUCCUGGGGUCAGCUUAUCGUGUUAAUGUCGCAGGCUUGCGGCCUGAAGUCUGGAUGGAGCUCAUUCUGUGGUCGUGCCUACAUGGUGGCUGGAUUCGACAAGGCGUUGAGAUCCUCCAGGCGCUUGUCAAAUCGCGGCAAUGGAAGCCUCUUUCAUGGGCACAAUACGAGAAACAGCUACCGCCAGAGGCGGCAACCACGUCAAAGGAGUGGAGUGCGUGGGAGUAUCUUUUCAAAACGCGUUCGACCUCCUCAAUGGAUGCACCUCCUGAGCCUAAGCAGUCUAUCGAGCGGACUAUCAGCGGGGAGCUUGUCAGUGCGUACAUCGAUGCUGUUGCGACCAGUGCAGACGUUGGUGUCGGCACACGUGGCAUGCAAAUUGAUGAAGUGGUCACUGUUCUGGCUGAGCUGAAGUGGUUCUUGCUGCAAAGCCGGCAGAAUCUGAGCUUUGGAACGUGGGAAUCGGUCAUCAUUCGCCUGCUUGAGCUGGGCAGCAUCACUCCAGAACACGACCACGUUUUACUACGAUCCGCUAUAUACUCGUCUGCUGGCGGAGGUUUUGGUCAAAGUCUGUAUGGCAGCAAUACCAACGACCUGCCUGCUUACGUUUUGGAUGGAACUGCGGCGUCAUUGGGGCUCUUGCACCGAUCCCUUCGUGGCCAAAUCUCAGCAAACAACCUGGAGUCUGCGCUCGAGGUGUUUUCUAUGAUACAGAAAUUGACCGACCUGGACAAGAGCCGCUCUGUAACCACAUUUUUUGGCACGGACCGCGAAAAUCUGCUCGGCAAGAAUAUCAAGCCCCCAAAGCCGGCGUCUUCUCUCUUCCGCUCGUUGCAACAGCAUGGCUUAUUCACAAGCAAUCUCAGUAGCAUCGAUUACCCGACCUUCAACGUCCAGAUCCCUCCAAACAUACUUGGUCCAUUUCUUGAACUGGUAUGCGAUGCAGAAGCCUUUGAUUUUGGUCACUGGCUGUUGUACAGCACUGACAUCGAUGGCCCAGUCAUACCGGUAUCCCUGUAUGACGAUCCUUUUGUGCAGCCGGGAAUUGUGCGCUUAGCCGCAGAGACCGACGACAAAGUCUUACUGGAAAAUCUCAAGCAACUGAAGCUGUCGAGACGCUCAAUGCGCAGUAUCAUCUCGACGCAAUUCAGAAUGUACCGCUGGGACGCUGCGACUCGUGUUCUCUCGCAUCUCGCUACCACGAGGGGAUCGAAGUGGGACAUGACAAAUCUCGCCCAGCUCAUUAGACACGUGCUCGUCCUCGCCAGACAAUCGGAAUCUGGCGAUCCUGAAUCACAACAGCACCUAGAUCGCGCCAAGCAUAUCAUGACGGAUAUGUUGGCUCUCCGUUAUCACGGAUGGUCGACUAUAGAGCAAGAACGGCUUAUUCCCAUGCAGUCAGUGCUCACAGUCCUCGCUGCAGUCGAUCAAUCCUGGGCGAGGUUCUGCUCUGGAAUUCGUGUUUAUCGAGGUCAUCACGACCUCCAUUUGGAAACCAGAGACUUCAACAUCAUCCUAGACGGCGUGGUAAAAGCCUAUGGCUCCCGAGCAGGUCGUCACCUCCUGGAUAUCUUUUGGCCUCACGCCGUACGAAGAUCUAUCGACGCGGGAGUUGUGUUCACUCGUCACAGGCGAGCCAAGAAACAAGUGCCGCGAUUCCGCCCCGAAAUCAUGGCCAGUAUCAAACGCCAGCGGAUAGUAGUCAACAUUGAUGGAAGCAGAGCAGGGGAUCUAGUGGUGUAUGGUGCAGUGAUACCCAACGCUGGAACUGUCUUCACUAUACUUGGCAAGGCCCUCGAGGAAUUUGAAGCUGCUGGCUUUGACGAAGCAAGAAGUAGUCAAGAAAUCCAUGCUGAUCCGCCCAGCGAUGCGGACAGCGAAAGGGACCUAACGCCAACAGGUAUGGUUGAAUGGGCUGUGCGGCGCUUGGCUGAGCUGCCCGAUGUUGAGGCAAGUGUCGUGGACAAGCUAGACCGUUUCCUUGCGAAAUAUGGCUUAGAGCACGUGCGGCAACGACUUCCUGAAGUGUAUCGCAUGGUUGACGAGGAGCAGCUAUAUGACGAUAACCAUGACGGCGAAGACACUUGCGGCGAGAAUGCAGUGCAAGACGGCAUCGCAUUGGACGAGUCAAUUGCAACAGCCAAAUUUCGAGCCAAAUACUUUAGCUUCAAAGCAAGCAUUGUACCACGCCAAGCCACUCCCAAACUAUCCCGUCCCAUCCAGAAAACCGAAAACAUGAAAAUCUCAAUCCUCCCCGCCAUCGAAAAGGACAUUCCUUCGCUCGUCCACAUCGAACUCGAAGCCUUCCGCUCCCAUCCCCGAAUUCCCAUCCUAUGGCCCAACGGCUACCAACCCGACGUCUACACCUUCUACUCCUCCAGAAAACUCCAAGAAUUACACGAUCCAAACACUCAUCUGUUAAAAGCCAUCGACGAAGAAACCGGACAGAUAGUUGGAGCUUCGGAAAUCAAGUUCUGCUUAGAUCCUGAGAAGAACGCCACAGAGAUUUCACCCUUGAGUAAAGGGAUCGGUUCGAAGUUGAUCCAGUGGUCGAUGAACGAGGCAGAUCGAUGGGGAGUUCCACUUGCCCUGGAGUCGACGCCGAAGGGUCUUGCGCUGUAUGGAAAGUCGGGUUUUGUGGAGGUUGAGAGGAUUUUGGUUGAUAUGAAGAUGUUUGGAUGGGAGGAGGACACAAAGGACAUAAACAGCAAAUCUCUCUGUCGAUGA